AAGCUAACGGCAGACAAACGCAGGUGCAUUAAGCCUACUCAUAAAUUAAAUACAAUAAAUAGGCCCUUCUGAAUGGAUCAAACAAAGUAAAAGCCCUACCAGUACGUUGACCUCACUGUCACACCAGAAAAACAAACCACAGGUUAAAGAAAUAGAUAAACAGAGUUUUGGUUUAUCAGCUCAGGUUUUGUCUGCGCAAGAUUCUUGCAAUAUGGACUAUCUUGAACGUACAGUCUAUCAGUUCAACUCCCUGCUGUGAUAACGCCUUGUCAGUUUCCCUGUACCGUCGGUGUAGUUGAACUGUAGUCGAACUGUGCAGAAGAAAUGGAGAAAAUAAGCGCUUUGCAUUCUGAUAAAGCUGAAGAUGUGGCUACUUCUUCCAGUUUCCGUCAAUUCAAAAUCGAACAUUUUGAUCUUGACCUCACCGUGGAUUUUGACAAGAAAAGUAUAUCAGGCACCGAGACUCUUCGGUUGAGGUGCAUUCGGGAUCAACAAAGCGAGGUGCUUCUGGACAUCCAUCCUUCUCUGACCUUCCAAGAGGUUUCCUUCUCCCGGGGAUGUGGUGAACCCGAAUGGGAAAAAGCUGAAUUUCUUACCAGGGACUUCACAAAAUACGGAACCACUCUGGUAGUUAAAUUCCCUUCGCCGUGGAAAACCGACGAAAGAUUUCAGCUGGCUAUCAAGUAUGCCGCCACUGACGGACCCGGGAUGUCGUGGCUGGUGCCUGCCCAGACUAGCGAGAGGAGACUGCCCUUCUUCUACAUCAGUGGCUUCCCGGUCCUGAACAGAAGUCUGUUCCCCGGCUUCCACACGCCCAUGACAAAGAGUCCUUACUCGGCCACUGUGCAGGUGCCUGCGGGCUUCACGGCGGUCAUGAGUGCCAAUGAGCGGGAGCACAGGAAGGAGGACAACAGCUUCCUGUUCCGCAUGGAGAAGCCCAUCCCGUCCUACCUGGUGGCCCUGGCCGUGGGGGAGCUGGUGUCGGCCGAGGUUGGGCCCAGAACUCGCGUGUGGACAGAGCCGAGUCUACUGGAGGCAGCCAAGACUGAAUUUGACGGGGUGAUCGAAGAGUUCCUGUCUGUCGGGGAGAAGCUGUUUGGGCCAUACGUAUGGGGAAGGUAUGACGUGCUGUUCAUGCCGCCCUCAUUCCCGUUCGGGGGCAUGGAGAACCCGUGCCUGACCUUCGUCACCCCCUGCCUGCUCGCCGGCGACCGCUCGCUCGCUGACGUCAUUGUGCACGAGAUCUGCCACAGCUGGUUCGGAAACCUGGUGACCAAUGCCAACUGGGGAGACUUCUGGCUCAAUGAGGGCUUUACCAUGUAUGCCCAGAGGCGUGUGUGCCGAGAGCUCUACGGUGAGGCGUACACCUGUCUGGAGGCAGCCACAGGCCGCGCCCUCCUGAAGCAGCACAUGGACAACACCGGGGAGGACCACCCCCUCAACAAACUACGCGUUAAAAUCGAGCCAGGGGUGGACCCUGAUGACACCUACAACGAGACGCCCUAUGAGAAGGGCUUCUGCUUCGUCUCGUACCUGGCACACCUGGUGGGAGAUCAGAGCCGAUUCGACGCCUUCCUCCGGGCCUAUGUGGACAAGUUUAAGUUCUGCAGUGUGAUGUCAGAGGAUACGCUGGAGUUCUACCUGGAGUACUUCCCUGAGCUGAAGAAGAAGGGCGUCCACCAGAUCAAGGGUCUGGAGUUUGAGAGCUGGCUGACUGUCCCUGGAUGGCCACUGUACCUGCCCGACCUGUCGGCAGGGCAGAGCCUGAUGAAGCCGGCGGAGCAGCUGGCAGAGAUGUGGGCGCAGCCGUGUGUGGACAUGGCGGCCAUCGGCAAGGUGGACAUCAAGCCCUGGAAGACCUACCAGACCGUCUACUUCCUGGAGGAGGUCUUGGGGAAGUCCCCGCUGCCUGAGGGUAACAUGAAGAAGCUGGCGCUGCAGUACUCUCACAUCGUGGAGUCCAGCAACUCUGAGCUGCGCCUGCGCUGGGCCCAGAUCAUCGCCAAGAACCAGCACCAGCCCGGCUACCAGCACAUCCGCAACUUCCUCAGCUCACAGGGUAAGCAGAAGUACACUCUGCCUGUGUAUCGCGCCCUGUGGAGCGGCUCUGAGGAGACACGUGCUCUGGCCAGCGAGAUCUUCUCCAGCACCGCCCACCAGCUACACGUCAACGUCCGCAACUACGUCACCAAGAUCCUCACCUGAGUCUGCUCAGUCUGACCCACACAGCAGCGGACCCGAACAGGACCGGCGCUGAUCCGACCCCUGAGUGAGCGGCUCUGCAGAACCAGCCUUGUGUGGCUCAGUGGGUUCCACGGCCUGCACUGGACAGAAACAUUAUUAUCAUUUUGGACAUUAUGGCUCAUUAAGUCAAAGGGAAUAUCCUAGCUCUCAUUCAAGUACUGUAGCUCUAUCAGUUUGCAUAUUGAUUAUGCAAACUUUUUUCUAAAGAUGAUGACUGGGAAUACAUGUUUUGUAAAAACAACUUUGGAAUUCUUAUAAAUUUGAUUUUGUCCAAA